AGCUAGUCACAAGCAUAAGCAUAGUGUGAUAGUGAGGUUAUGUUAACGAGCAUAACAUUAUGUUUAGAAAUGAUAUUAUUUAUUCUUACCAUUAUGCCACAAUAUAGUCGGAAAAAUUUAUGAGGCCCAAUUCUAACUAAUUAAGUCGCUUUGAAAGUGAGCUCUCUUCUUUAAAUUGUUUGGAACCGGGCUGUUUGAUGCUCUGAUAGUUUCAUCAUUAUCUGUAAAAAUAACGUGUCAAAAACAAUGAAAUCGAUAAAAAUGAAAAACAAGGAAAUGGUGGAAAAUGGUUUCCACGAUCAAAUGAAUCGGGCAAACAUUAAAUCUCAAAAUGAUAUAAAAUCAGCGCUAAGAAAACUGGAUUUCCCAUUCUGUACCAAAGAGGCACUCGGACGAAUUGAACAGCUUUUAGCCAUACCCAACUCCAAGCAAAGCCAAGGACUAAAUGCCAGAGCUAACAACCACUACCCGCACCCACAUCAACCUCCCACCGAUCUCAUCAACGAGAUCAUCCAAGAGUUCGUGUUCUGUGAGAUCGACCGCAGAGGCAAACCAUGCAAACAACCACAGCUGUCUUGCUUACGCGAGCUACAACUCCUUGAAGUGCUAUCAGACUACGUAUGCUCGUCUAUCCCGGCAAGAGCUGCUCGGAAUGCUGUGUUUAUGUCUCUGUUCAACCCAAUGCACCCCGAUAGAGGUCGUAUCCUUGUCAAGUUAGUAUCCAUGGCCAUAUCUAUAAACAACCAUGCGGCAUUGAUGGCUACCGCUAUCUUGAUGCAACAACAGUCGUGCACUUCCAAGUUCUCAAUACAACUCGCCCAAGGUGUUGUCAACGAUUUCAUCGUUCUCUACCCGGAUUGUAUUGAUAAAUUGAGAGAACUGCCGGUUUCUUGUCCCCUGUUUUGUGCUAAUUUCAUGACGGCUGUCACAGAAAUCUACGGUAUAGCUCUCUGCGAUAAAAAUGAAAUACCUCAGUGGGUGGGAGUACCUGAAAAACUGAUCACAGUAAUUAUAGAAUGGGUGGAGAAGUUCGGGUCUCAAUUAGUAUCAUCUCUAUCAAUGGAUUUCCAGUCUUUUCUUCCAACAGGCGCAAUUGUGAUGGCAGCUGUAGCACCAUAUUCGGGACUUUUAAAAUGGACCAUCCUCUCUUCUCUACACGAGAAAAACACCAGUGCUCAAAAUCUUUACUUAGACCUCCACUUGGCAGUUUGUAACUCUUUGUAUCUUCUGCCCGAUAAAAGACCUGAAUACUUGAUAACAGCGGUAGAUCUGAUCUCAAUAAUUCACCAUAUCAAGAAAUGUAUUAUCUCGACCGUGUCUGAGGAGAAACUGGACGAUUGCUUGAUUAGAUUGGCACAAUCCGUGCAGGUUGCUAUGCAUUCUAAAGCUGUUUAUGGGAAUUGGCGGACACUGUUGGAAGAAUUGCAAAGUCUUCCCCAGAAUCGUAUCAUGAGUAUCGUCAUCAAUUUUCAAAAAACAUCGAUUUGAUAUAACGCAAUGCUGUUGAUUGAACUUUCAACAGGUGCAUUCAAUUAAAAGAAACAUUAAAUUUACAUUUAUUCAUUCAUAGAGCAAUAAAUCAUAAUAUUAUACAAUAAUAUAUGAUCGGGGGGAGGCAACAGGCUGGACCAAAACUGUAUCUCUCCCAAAUUGUGAUAGAUAAGAAGUUUCCAAAACAAUAAGAUUAUGAUUUCACUUUUCAUAAAUUUAGUUCAUUUCCUCUAAAAAACAACAUAAACUAAGAGUUUUACAUUUUGACUGUUGAUAAACUAAAUAAAAAACAAAAAUAUAAUACUCAGAUCAUAAUUAAUUAGAAAAUGUUCGAGUAAUUUCACAAAAUUUAGAGCCAGAAAAGCACAACUCACUAUUCAGCACAGCGUGUUAGUGAUAGAAACUGCGAUUAUAUUGAUACAAACUUUUAUUUUCAACUAUAAACGAUUUUAUAUUAUGCAAGGCUGUUGAUUGCUUUUUAAAUUUGUAAUUUGUACAUAAUAGAAACUGUUAUUCUUAACUUAAACCGACUUGGUAUUUUGCAAGGCUGUUGAUUUCACUUAUAAUCUGUAUUAAACAGAGGCGUUUCAUAUUAUUUUAUAAAGACUGUCAUUUUUAACUAAAGUGAUUUGAUAUUAUGCAAGGUUGUUGAUUGGACUUGAAAUUGUACAGGUGUACAGGACAUAAGCUAUUCAUAUUUAUAGAAACUGUUUAUCAAUUUAAUUGUGAUUUAUUUACAAAUGUAACUCUAGAAGAGUAUAUUCUUAGCCUAGUUGAUGAUGAUUACUGGUAAUACAAACGUUUUCAUCUAUCUAUGUAUAUAAAAUUCAAUAUGAUUUUAUGAGCUAGUUCUAAGCUGUUAUUAUUUCCAAGCUAAUAAUUUACAUUGAAUAAUGACAAUCUUCAAAAUCAAUUCCCGCUGGUUCGGAACCACUAGGAAUAAUACAAGUUCUAGAUAUUAUUAUGAUAUUAAACUAUUACUAAGAAAUUAUUUAAACUGUUUAUCUAUUUAUUUAAUUGUGACUUAUUUACAAAUGUAACUCUAGAAGAGUAUAUUCUUAGCCUAGUUGAUGAUGAUUACUGGUAAUACAAACGUUUUCAUCUAUCUAUAUAUAUAAAAUUCAAUAUGAUUUUAUGGGCUAAUUCUAAGCAGUUAUUCCCAAGCUAAUAAUUUACAUUGAAUAAUGACAAUCUUCAAAAUCAAUUUCCGCUGGUUCGGAACCACUAGGAAUAAAACAAGUUCUAGAUAUUAUUAUGAUAUUAAACUAUUACUAAGAAAUUAUUUAAACUGUUUAUCUAUUUAUUUAAUUGUGAUUUAUUUACAAAUGUAACUCUAGAAGAGUAUAUUCUUAGCCUAGUUGAUGAUGAUUACUGGUAAUACAAACUUUUUUAUCUAUCUAUAUAUUUAAAAUUCAAUAUGAUUUUAUGAGCUAAUUCUAAGCUGUUAUUUCCAAGCUAAUAAUUUACAUUGAAUAAUGACAAUCUUCAAAAUCAAUUUCCGCUGGUUCGGAACCACUAGGAAUAAAACAAGUUCUAGAUAUUAUUAUGAUAUUAAACUAUUACUAAGAAAUUAUUUAAACUUUAAUGUAACUGUUGAAAAAAUAAAAAUGCAUGAAAUUUUCAAGAAAUA